AUGGCGUCCAGUGCCAACCUCUCAACAGAGCCGGACCCUGUACAUCACUCCGUCGCCUCAGGUCCCCCCUACCAACCUCCAGAGAUAGCCUUGUCUGAGGUGACGCCGGUCGAGCUCAUCCGUGAGGCUGAGACUUCAUCUGUGUUCCGGGCUCGAUGGCGGGAAAAGGACUGUAUCGUGAAAAUUCAUCAUCAUCGAGAAAAGUUUCCUUGGGACUCUGAUGAUCGCGAAAUUGAUCCAUUUCUCUGCGAAAGCCGCGCUUACUGUCGGCUUAAGGAGCAUGGGCUCUGUGAGAGAGGCUAUGUCCCGGACUUCUACGGCUUGAUCAAGGACAUUGACCCCAAGACCGAGGGCUGGAAGUCGCGUCUCGAGGCUUUUGUUGAAGAUCCCGUCCGUCCGAAUGGCGUGGUGAUCGAAUACAUCCCCAACACACAGCAAAUUGACCCCGCCAACUUCUCCACUGCACGAGCUGAUCAACUCAGAACCGCGAUAUCUGUGAUGCACAAGGCCGGAGUCUUCCACGAUGACAUUUACCCACGAAAUGUGAUUGUGCAGGAAGAAACAGAUCGGGCUGUCUGGAUUGAUUUUGAUCACGCCCAUACUUUUCCUCUGGACUCUCGAACGGAGUCCGAAGAGGAGAACAUGCAAGAGUGGAUGAAAGAUGAGGAUGACAGGGUUCAUUAUCUUUUGAUUGGGCUGGUAAGGACUUACGGCUUACAACUCCUUGAGCAAGGCUUACUUUCAUUACAGGCUGAGGACCAUAAACGGGGCGAGAUUUGGUGGUCUUGGAUGUUCUACUAUGAUACUGCUGACCCCCCCGGAUGGACCGAAGAGGACCAGGAAGCCAAACUCAAGGUGAUGCUAGGAACAGAGUAUCCAGCUUACGUCGAGAAAAAGAGAAAGUGUGAGGAGAAGGAAUGCCAACGAGCUAGAAUUCGUCGCCAAAAGUCUUCCUCAUGGGAAUGUGACGAAUUCGAGGACAAUCACAAUGAAGUCGACCCUGACAAGGGCAAUAAUGACAACGAUAAUGAUGAGGAUGAGACGACUGCGGAGCCACGGCCACCUUCCUUAGACACCUGGUAG